GUGCUAGCUACGAUGAAGACGAAGUCGCCUGAACUUGCGGCGAAGGCGGAGAAAAUGCAUAACAUGAUUAUUGAAAAGGUUGAUGCACUUGGGGAUGAGGCUAAGGCAUUCGUCAAGGGGGUGAUCAAUGAAGCGCGUAAGAUUCAGUGUUUCGUCGUGGCUGCACAAACGGUCAUCAACAAGUACAAAGCGUUGUCGGAUAAGGCUAAAAAGGAUCUUGGGAAACGUUUCGCAGCCAUCACCUCUGUUUUAAACAGACAGUUCUUUAUUUUCUGUCAAAUAUGA